AUGGGGGAGAUCCGACUCGUCGGUUUGGUCCUCGCAGCGCGAGGUGGAUGUGGACCGGGCGAGAUUCGUCUGGGCCCUAUCCGGUGGGGCUGGCGGGGCGAGGGGACCGUGUGGGCGCGGCUCCCCUUCGCCUCGGCCGCCAAGGUGGCAGCCGAAGGGAGGGUGGCGCUGGGGUGGGCGGGUGGAGAUGCUCGCGGCUCGCCCUCUUCAAUGCCACAGGCGUUGGAGGCUUACGUUCGGGCGGCCUGCUCCGCGUCAAUUGAUCGGAGUGGGCUGUGCUACCGGUGUGGCCGGGCCGGGCACAUCGCGCGGGUCUGCGCCUUGAGCGUGGCCUGCGCGGUGUGCCGAGAGGGCAGGCGGGACUCGGGCCACCGGGUGGGUGGUCCAGAGUGCCCGUUGGUGGGAGGUGGGAGCUCGGCGGACGGACGGCUGCCGGGCCACUGUAGGGGCCGACCGCCGAAUGCGGGAGGCGUGCCGGCGAAUCCCGGGAGCUGUCUCGGUAUCCUGCCAGCGGAGAGGGCCACGGUCUGA